GCUCGGCCCCCCGGGUGGCUGGAGAGCCAGGGGGGCAGCGAGACGCGGAGAUGGCCGAUGAGCCCGCCUGGCUGGACCUGCUGGGCCGGUGGACCUACGGAGUGGACCCCGGUGGGAGAGUCUUCUUCAUCAAUGAUGAGGAAAAGUCAACCAGUUGGGUGCACCCUGGUACGAAAUCCCCCAUCCAGAGUGGAUACUGCUCCAGCCCAGGUUUGCCCAGGGGCUGGGAGAUGGAUUCCACCCGGGAAGGAGCCGUGUAUUUCAUCAAUUCCAGAACAGGAAACAUGGGUGGAAGCAGAAAAUCAUGCUCACAGCACUCUCGCCAGUGGACAGGCUGCCUGGAAAGUAAUGCGUGCCUGGUUUCUGCAAAGUUCAGGCGGCAGCUCAGGCCUGGGUGCUGGGGAGAGCGUUUCCUGCACCGGGUGGGAGGGCACACUGCUCAGCACUGAGAUC